AUGUCUUCUGACUGGUCGACGUACCUCGCCGACUUUGGCAAGGAAGAUGGGAGGUACAUCCGUGUUCAGCCGACGACCGCCGUUUGCGUGCUGGAGAAAGUUUACGAGCACGAGAAGCGAAAAGGAACACUAUUUGGUAAAUCGAAAGACAAGGACCGCAAGAAACUGCUUGACACAAUUUUGAAACAGUUGAAGUCACACGUGAAUGGCUCCGGUGCUUCUUAG